AUGGAAGCUCUCAGCGGCGCCCCGGAAACAUCUUCAUUCGUCCCCCUCGCAGAGCACCAAUCCCGCACUCCAAGCUCUUUCUACUCCGGCCCAGCGGUGCUCCACUACCACAGCCAGCACUGCAAGAUCGUCAUCCUCGAGCGAGAGCUACUUGCCUCUCCAGAAUUGAAUGCGCUCCGUGGCGAGACCGCCCCCACCAACAGCGCAACAGAGGAUGACAAGGAGAUCGCCAUUGACGGCGUAGACGUAUGGGUGACAUCUGAUAAGUUCCUGCUGUAUUCCCCCGCGGCCUCCGCCGGCGUCUCAAUCCCCUACCCUUCAAUCUCACUGCACGCUCUCCAACGACUGCGCGUGCCAGGUGCCGAGUCCGAUGCCGAAGUCCAGGGUCUAUACAUGCAGGUCGCGACACCUGCUGCGCCUUCCGGCGACGAUGACGAGGAGUGCACCACUCUGACGGUGGUGUUGGCUUCUGAUGCGACAGCGCAGGCGUCUGCUGAUGGCGAGGAAGUGACGGAAACACCUACCCAGCAGCUCUACGGGGCUGUCUCUGCAUGCUCGAACCUGCACCCAGACCCUGUUGAGCCGGGUGAUGAGGAUGAGGACGAUAUGGAGGAUGGACCGCAGUUUAUUUCUGCGGAGGAUCAUGAGGGUGUUUUCCAGCUUGGAAAUGGGGAUAUGCCGCCUCCUGUUGAUGGGAGCUCGGGGUGGAUUACGGCAGAGAACAUGGAUCAGUUCUUUGAUGCGGAUGGGAAUUGGAUUGCGGGUGGUGAGGCUCCUUCGUUCCCGCUUGGUCCUGGUGCUGGGACUGUUAGGGCUCGUGAGGGUGAGAAUGGUGCUGAAGAGGGUGCUGAGGAUGAUGAUGAGACAAAAUGGCGGAAGACAGAUUAA